AUGGCCGCGUUGCCCUUCUUGGGCCUUCUGGGAUUUUACGGGCCUGGCAAGGAUGCAGUGAAGCUUCUCGGCAAGUCGGCGACGGCAAGCAACCCCCAGCCAAAAAAGUACCAGCCAAACAAGUACCAGCCAAACAAGAACCAGCCAAACAAGUACCAGCCAAACGUGUACCAGCCAAUCGUGUUCCAGCCAAAGGUGCAAGUCGGCAUUAGCAUAAGCCAGCCUGAAAAGGAUGGAAAAUUCACCAUCAAGUCCAAUGCCAGUAGUGAAUUGGGAAACGUUAUCUUGUUCAAUACCAACGGCGAUUUCAUCGGCGACCAUGAUUUCAAAGGUGAUUCGGGCACCAUAGUUCGGGGAAAGAAUGACGGCAUCUCUGAAGGCACAGUGGCUCUUGCUCAGCCGCGCGCGUACAAGGACCAACAAGCCAUGUAUACAGUCUUCAACGGCGGCGAAGUCCCUGUCUGCGUGGCAUGGGCGACAUUGACGACGCCGGGAGGGGACGGGUACCUGUGGACUGGAGACACUGGCGAGCUCUGCGGCGAGGACUGGUACUUCAGCGGACUUCGCGACGCGGGCUUCACGGGGAUCGAUGGUUACGAGCCAAAAUGCAUCUGGAUCAGCAGCUCUUACGCGAAACAGUAUCCUAACAGCGGGUUUCAGAUUCACUGGCCCAGCUACAAGCCGCAGAAGCGUCCAGGCGCAACGGGAGAUGGCAAAGAGAGCUACAUCAUGCCAUCCUUCCAGAAGAUUCUCCACAGAACGUGCGACCCCGACAGCGCCGUGUUCAGAAUGCACAAGUAUCCCGAUAUUUACACGUCGAAUAUUGUGGGCUACCGGCACCAUAUCAAACUCUUACGCAAUGCCGGAGAGAAAAUCGAACAGGACGCCGAGAAAUCGGAAACACCUCAGCAUGCAGUUAACUUUACCCGAGCCGACUACGAAAAGAUGAUUGCCAAGUUUGCGGAGAAAGCCCAUCAUAAAGCGGGUGAUCGGACCCCCAUGGAGAAGCCUUGGACAGAGUGCGAAGUGGUCACUAUUCGUCAGGAGAACCACAGACGAGCCGAAGCUCUGGCAAGAGGUGAAGAGUACAAGUACAAAGAUGUUUCCCGGGCCGGCUGCCCGCAAAGUCGCCGAGUGGAGAACCUGUUCAACAGACCCUGGGGAAAGGAAGGAUACCUAGACGCCGCAGCCCUGAGCGGCCCAUCGACGGCCAGCGACCCUGCCUCAGCCAGCCAGGAUCUCCCAGGACCAGAGAACCCGUUUAACUGGCUUGUGGUUGACUCCUUCGUUGGCAACAGCGCCGCCUAUCUCUGCAGCAGCAAGUCGUCGCGCGGACCCGACUUUGCCAACGCCAAGGAGGAGAUGUUCUGCCACAUGUCGGACAAGACGCUGCACCCAUUCUGCGCAGCUAACGACAAGAAAACGGCUGAUGGCGGUCCUUGCUUCGACCUCGAGUCGCAGCAGCUUGUUCGCGGCGGAAUUGUCAAGAGACAUUCCCCCUACGUCGCUGUGAUGGACUGGCGGUUCAGAGAAGGGCGGGAUGGAGCCAAGGUGAACCUGAGUCGUUGA